AUGGUAGCUAAGGAAGCUUCCGCGACGGACACGCCAGGGAAGGCAAAGAAAAGCAAGGAGGGGAAGAAGGCGAAAGGGGGGGAUACGGCGGAGAAAGCGGAAAAAGGGGAUAAGAAGGGAAAGGCGGCGGAGACGGCGAAGGAGGCGGCGAGGGAGGCGGGGAGCAACAUUAUGAGCGCGGUGGCGUUCGAUACGCUCCACAUCUGCGACGGCACGCGCAAGGGGAUUGAAGCGAUGGGCUUCACGCACAUGACGGAGGUUCAGGCUCGGACCAUACCGCACCUGCUGGCUGGGAAGGACGUGCUAGGCGCGGCACGCACAGGCUCGGGGAAGACCCUGGCGUUCCUCAUCCCCGCUAUAGAGCUGCUGUUCCGCGGCAACUUCAUGCCGCGCAACGGCACGGGCGUGAUCAUCAUCUCUCCCACCCGCGAGCUGGCAAUGCAGAUCUUCGGAGUGGCUCGGGACCUCAUGGCCCACCACAAGCAGACCUUCGGCAUUGUGAUGGGCGGCGCGAACCGCAAGGCGGAGGCGGAGAAGCUUAUAAAGGGGACGAACCUGGUGGUGGCGACGCCCGGGCGGCUGCUGGAUCACCUGCAGAACACCAAGGGGUUUGUCGUUCGCAACCUCAAGUGCCUCGUCAUCGAUGAGGCGGAUCGGAUUCUCGAAGUGGGGUUUGAAGAGGAGAUGAGGCAGAUUCUGAAUCUCCUGCCCAAGGAGCGCCAAACCAUGCUGUUUUCGGCCACGCAGACCACCAAGGUGGAGGAUCUGGCGCGAGUGAGCUUCAGCCGCACCCCCGUUUACAUUGGCGUCGACGACGGGCGGCACAAGGCCACGGUGGAGGGCCUGGAGCAGGGCUACUGCGUGGUGCCCAGCGAGGAGCGCUUUCUGCUGCUCUUCACGUUCCUCAAGAAGAACCUCAAGAAGAAGGUGAUGGUGUUCUUCUCCUCGUGUGCUGCUGUGAAGUUCUAUUCUGAACUGCUAAACUACAUUGACAUCCCCGUGCUGGACAUUCACGGCAAGCAGAAGCAGCAGAAGCGCACAACCACGUACUUUGAGUUUGUGAAUGCGGACAAGGGCAUUCUCUUGUGCACGGACGUGGCUGCUAGGGGGCUGGAUAUCCCGGCGGUUGAUUGGAUCAUUCAGUACGACCCGCCCGAUGAUCCCAAGGAGUACAUCCACAGGGUCGGACGAACGGCAAGAGGGGAGGGCGGCAGCGGGCGCGCCCUGCUCUUCCUCAUUCCAGAGGAGCUGCAGUUCCUGGUGUACCUGCGGUCAGCCAAGGUGCCUCUGAACGAGUACGAGUUUCCAAGCCACAAGAUCGCCAAAGUGCAACCGCAGCUGGAGCGGCUGAUAGCCAAGAACUACUACCUGCACCAGAGCGCCAAGGAUGCUUAUCGGGCCUACCUGCUGGCGUACGGAUCUCACGCGCUCAAAGACACCUUCAACGUGCACCGGCUGAACCUCCAGGGUGUUGCGGCAUCAUUUGGCUUCAGCAGCCCACCCAAAGUGGUGAUCAACAUGGAUAGCAACGCGUCCAAAUUCCGCAACAAAGCACACAAAGGUGCUCGGGGUCCGGGGAAAUUCAAUGCCAGCAGCGGACACGCCUUCAGCGCCAGUAAUCCUCCCGCAAGCAUGGACGAUCUGACUGCAGCCAUCCAACCUACCCCAAUUUUGGGGCGUGGUGCAUCUAACGCAUGA